CAACCUGCACCGUGACGUCUGAACCGGAAGCCGCAACUUCCGGUCACCACUCCCACAUAUACGUCACGUCGGAUUGACCAAACCCGGAAGUGAAGAUGGCGACCGCCUACGAGAGGUUCAACCUGCAUGCAACACCUGAGAAGUUCUACAUUGAGGCUUGUGAUGAUGGAGCUAAUGACGUGUUGGUUAUUGAUAGGGUGUCCACCGAGAUGACCCUUGCAGGUAUUAAGGACAUCCCCCCAUCAGGCGUAACCAGGCCCAUUUGUGGAAUCAUGGGAACUGUUCGCCUUGUGGCUGGGAUGUACCUCAUAGUCAUCACUCGGAAGAGGAAAGUGGGCGACCUGUUUGGCCACACUGUAUGGAAAGCGGUGGAGUUUGAUGUGAUUUCUUAUAAGAAGACCAUUUUGCACCUCACAGACAUUCAGAUGCAAGACAACAAGUCAUUUCUGACUAUGAUUAGCAGUGUACUCAAUACAGACGGUUUCUACUUCUGCACGGACUAUGACCUGACCCACACCCAACAGCGCCUGUCCAACACCAGCCCGGACUUCCAGGAGAUGAGCCUGUUAGAGAGGGCAGACCAGAGGUUCGUGUGGAAUGGAAACCUUUUAAGAGAAAUCGUCUCACAGCCUGAGCUGCAUAAAUUUGCAUUUCCUGUCAUCCAUGGAUUUAUUGUGAUGAAGCCAUGCUGCAUCAAUGGGAAGGUGUUUCAGUGGAUCCUCAUCUCUAGACGGAGCUGUUUUAGAGCAGGGGUCCGAUAUUAUGUCAGAGGCAUUGACUCUGAAGGACAUGCUGCUAACUUCGUUGAGACAGAACAGAUAGUCCAGUACAAUAAUGGCAGGGCGUCCUUUGUGCAGACUCGAGGCUCCAUGCCCUUUUUUUGGUCUCAAAGACCCAACCUGAGGUACAAGCCCAAGCCACAGAUAAGCACCGAAACCAAUCAUAUGGAUGGAUUCAGGAGGCAUUUUGAAUCACAGGUUCUCAUUUAUGGCAAACAAGUGAUUCUAAAUUUGGUGAAUCAGAAAGGAUCUGAGCUGCCCCUUGAACAGGCCUUCGCCAAAAUGGUCAACGGCAUGGAAAACGGACUCAUCAAGUACAUAGCCUUUGACUUUCACAAAGAGUGCAGUAAGAUGAGAUGGCAUCGCCUCCAGAUUCUCGUUGAUGCAGUUUCUGAUAUGCAAGAAGAGUUUGGGUACUUUAUGGUGAGCUCAGACGGGAAGGUGUCGUCCGAGCAGUCUGGAACCUUCCGCAGUAACUGUAUGGACUGCCUGGACCGCACCAACGUCAUUCAGAGCCUGCUGGCCAGACGCUCCCUUCAGAGCCAGCUACAGAGGAUGGGUGUCCUCCAUGUAGGCCAGAGGAUUGACGAACAGGCUGAUUUUGAGAAGAUUUAUAAGAACGCGUGGGCAGACAAUGCCAAUGCCUGUGCUAAACAGUAUGCAGGAACAGGAGCCCUGAAAACUGACUUCACCAGAACCGGGAAGAGGACUCAUUGGGGCUUGGUAAUGGACGGCUGGAACUCAAUGAUCCGUUAUUACAAGAACAAUUUCUCAGACGGGUUCAGACAAGACUCCAUCGAUCUCUUCCUUGGAAACUAUACAGUGGAUGAAACUGAUGGCUUGACGCCUCUGCACGCGCAGAAGGACUGGAAGUUCCUCUUGCUUCCUGUUAUUAUGGUGGUGGCUUUCUCCAUGUGCAUCAUCUGUCUCCUAAUGGCUGGUGACACUUGGACAGAGACCCUGGCAUACGUGUUAUUCUGGGGAAUGGCCAGUGCUCUUACGGCCGCUGUCAUCGUGGUCAAUGGACGAGAGUUUGUUGACGCACCGAAACUGGUCCAAAAAGAGAAGAUGGAUUGAAUACACAGACCUCAUUCUUUCUGCUCUCUUGUUUCCUCUUCAUUUUCCUCCAAAAGUUUUUAUUAACCUGCUCUCCACACUGUCCUUAAACUUCUUCAGCAGAGCAAGUAUCCCUGUUUCCUGCUCCUAUAAAAAAACUGUAUUACCAGCCUGUAUUACCUUAUAAUUUCACAACACUUACUGUCGCACUACAAAUUUCCAUUGAAUCAUUGGACAUGGUGUCCAAAUUUCCUUACUAGUUUAGUUUCAUCAGUUCAAAAUUGCUCAUGGGUUGCACAAGAUCUCCAGCCUGUAAGUGCAUUGUGAACAUAGCAUCUUAUUUCAAAGCUGUUGUGUUGUUACUUUUUGGAGAUCAAUCUAAAUUGACUCGUUGUGAAAUUCGAGUUCUUGUUUUGGCUCUAGAGUUUCUGCUUUAUGAUAUUGUACACCAGACCUGUGCCCAUUGGCCCAGUCUAUGGGUUGAUAGACCAAUGAAGGUCUAUUCUGAUUAGAUUGCUAUGCAAGUGAAUGUUACAUGAUGCAUCAGUGGCUCAUCAAUUGGUUAUUACCAUUUCUGUCCUCUCAUAUCUGUCCCGAAAUCAGCCUUAUGCAUUGGUUAUUUUUAGUUGUUCUUUGCAGUGGCAGUUUGGGUUUUAAUGUGGUUUCCUUUUGUUCUGCCAGCAUGUUUAUGGUUUUGUGUCCCUCAUAAAUGAUCAAAUUAGACAGCUGUGGGGCCACACUAGGGGGAGAGAGAAGUAUUAAGCACUUUCUUUAUGAGUUUACAGAAAAAAAUGUGAACAGCACUUUCCUGUAUGACUUCUUUAUGUCUCUUCGUGGACCAAUGAACACUAACAGAUAUGACA